AUGGAACAGCUACAAGUGCUCGGGUUCCAGCAUCUUGACUAUGUGGCGGCAGCCGUGCAGAGCGUCGGGGAGCCUUCCACGGGGCUGGUGUUCCUCGACCGCUACUCUAUCAUCGCCCUGGGAGACCUGACGAGGGUGUGCCUGUGGCAUCUUGACAUGGAGACGUUCAAGUUAACCUGCUUCGUGAAGCUGAGCGUGCCAGCGGGAACCAUGGGGCUGUCGCUGGAUGUCUUGAAUUCCAUCGGGGUGCUUCGAAUGGAAAAGUCCACCGCCACCGAUUCUCGAUCAGCAGAGAGCCAACAUUACGAUGGAGGCAGUGCUGCCUCGCGGGAAGCGGAAGAGGCAGCGUACCUAAACGCCGCAGGAGUUGGUUCGCUGGGAGACCUGAGCUCGCUUCCAAUAAACCCGUUGUCGUUGAUGACCCUGGUCUUCUUAGUUGUCGGCGAGACGGGUGGCGACAGAGAUCGAGGCAACUCCGCAGACAGUGACCAAGUCCGCAAAAAACGUGGCGAUGUCACCAAGAAGGAUCGGAUCCCUGACAAUGAGCCGUCCGUUUCAAGUGCUCCCAGUGCUACGUCUACUGGAAGUGCAAAACCGGAGGGGAAUGACGAGGGCGAGGUUUGGAUUGCUCUGGGUACGGAGCGGGGUAGACUAGCGUGCUGGGCGCUGGAGGAUAUACUGGAGUCUGACGCCACGUUGAUGCCCGGCCAGAAGCUGCGGCCCGUACCGGACUCCCUCUGUCCGGCGCUGAGAUCUUCGUUCAACCCCUACUCACUCAACGUCGAGCCCAGAAAGAGCUCUCAAGCACCGCCGGCCUUCGCCGCGGCCGCCACCGGUGUUAACGUCGGCCGCUUGAUGGGAAGCGUUUCAGCCAGCGUUAACGCAAGCGGAAGCGGUGUCGCCGAGAGCGAUCGCGGGGGCAAUGGCAGCGUUGCCGCUUCUGGGGCGACGGGUACAAGCGGGCUCAUCGGGGACGCCUGCUUUGGGGACGACGACGAGGACUGCUCGUCGCGUGUUCCGGAGGCGUCGGCGCGGAAGGCCGUGUGGCAAGGUCACUCGGGCGCGGUCUCUAGGAUCGGUUCGUGCAGCAAACCUCCGUGUUUUUUCACUCUUGGAGAGGAUGGCUACCAGCGGACAUGGUCGGUCAAGGGCAAGCACACAGUAUUGUUUUUACUACAAACGCAACCUCGUGCCAGGCUUUUUCGAAACAUCGGAUGGAGCUUCCUGGUGGACACCGUCCGCGUGCGGCCGCUCCACGAGGAGAUGACAGCCGCACUACUGGACGAGGUGGAGAGAUUGCGUGCCCAGAAGACCUCGAGGCGUUCAACGUCGUCCCGCGGAGGAUUGAGCUUCUACAAGACCGUGCUCGACGCCACGUCCGCCGCCCCCACUGCUGCCCAUCCCUCUCCGUCCGCCAUCUCAACCCCACAAAGCGUCACCUUCGGUGAACGGAUGGCGUCAUCUGGUCCUCCUGUCGCAGGGCUGGCUGCGAGCACGCCCGCCUCAGUCGGAUCCCACCCGUCGGGUGCUGCCGCCACGUCUCCCUCGCGCCCAGGUGAUUGCCAGGAGAACGAUCGUGACGCUCUUGCGGCGGGCCGCAGCAAGCACGGUGCUGCUGGCGAAGCCGUACCUGAACCCAACCCCCUGACGGUGACGGCGCACCGGCGGACGGAGGCGGCGGUCGCGGCGAAGCGGCAGGAGGAAGCCGAGCGACGGCAGGCAGCUCUGGCGACCAUCGAGAAGCACCGGAGUUGCCACCGCGCGGCCUCAGCGCGUUCGCCUGCGGCCGCGCAAACGUCCACGGCUGCCUCAUCGGGAGUGAACCAAGAGGGGAAGGACCGUCUUGCCCGUGGUUCGAACUCGGUGGCAACGACGUUGACGGGCCGUCCGGUAUCGAGUAUCGAUCACCUGGGGGCCGCGCGUGCGGCGGACCGGAAGGGGAAUCUGUCUCCGACAACAAUGACGAGAGCGUUCAGUGAGCAAUCGGUGAGGUCAGGAGCGACGCUCGGAUACUACGGGAGAGAAGAGGUGAAAGUCUUGUCAGCAAUUUCCAAGAACCCCAGCAGGAUCGCCGUGUACAACCGCAUCACCGAAGAAAAACAGGGCAACGGCGAAAACAGCCCGGAGAUCGCCGUGGCACCGGUGCCUUCUCCCCGCCGUCGCCGUCCUCGGACCAUGCCGUCAACGGUGCGACUCUCUCGUUCAACGGCAGCACUCUCACUCGGCGGAGAGGAUUCAUCACUCACCCAAUCGACUUGGUCUUCCUCCAACGGCAAACGACAACGCUCCUCCACCGUCCUUUCGCCUCCGCCGUCGACCGCUGCUGACAAUUUACGUGCGGAAUCCGGGGAAGGCGUUCGGCCGGCAACAGGUCUUGCUCACGCGGGUGGUGGCGAAGACACGCCGUUGGGAGCGAUGAUUGGCCCAGGCGUGGGUCUUGGGCUGAACGUGGGCGUGGUAUCGGAGCAGCCUCCGCCGUCUCGAACGGCCAAGAUGUACCGCAACGCGGCACGCGAGUACGGGAGGGGCGCCAGUGCCGGACAGGCAAUGUGGAUGUUCGCGGUGUCGGAGGGACACCCACCACGGCCGGCACGUCGGAGGAGGAACGAGAUCCGCCGCAGGUUCAGACUUGUCGUCAAGUUCUACGUCCACAUUGCAGGACCUCCCUCAAAUUGGGACCACUUCGGCUUCAGAAAAAGUGAGGAUCGCGAAGUGAACAGGAGCACCGGUAGGAAUACGCCUAUCAAGAAGAACGCUGGUGUGGUUUCUUGGGGAGCAAGGGACGACGCGGGUACUGGUCCGGAGGGAUCUGACUUAGACGACUCCGACGACGAAGUCCAAGCGAUACAUGAACUGGAAGGCGGAGGGGUUGGAAGCGGGAGUAGCACCGCGCGCCAUGGUCGUGGGGGCGUGGAGGGAGUCGCGAGCGCUGCUAACGACUGGUUUGCGGCUACGCGGCACGGUCGAGACGACGCGGUCCCAGGCGGAACACGGGUUGCAUUGAGCAGGGGGCCCGGCUGGGAGGACACCUAUGCGUUCAAGCGAAGCACGGCGAGGCGGGCGAUUAAGUCAAGCAGAAUUGUGUCCGGAAAGAAGAACAUGCCAUUGCUGUCUUCUGCGGCCACGCUCCCUGGAAAAUGGAACUGGGACUGGUGUAGCCGUCCGCUUUCGGCGCUGCCCGUCGAUCGCAUUGAGUACCUCCUGAGCAAAUUCGACGACGAGAUGUCGGCACCGUUUGGCGAAGCAAGGCGACCGACGUCCGCUGCCACACUUUCAGUCGGAGACGCUUCAGCAGCACCAGCAGAAACGGCUUCGAGCAGAGUCGAAGCAGAAGCAGAUGCGGAGAUCACGAAGACAUCGACAAAGGAGGCAGGAAAAACAGAGGCAGAAGGAUCGAUGUCGCCGCCUUCACCGACGGCACUCGCUGACAAUAAGGGCAAAGCGGCGAGUACUGCUGCUGGUGUUGUUGACAACAGCGCUGCUACGGCACACAAAGCGCGGCGGGGACGGAGUGAGAGGGCCAACGAGCACGGACGUGACGAGAAGGACUGUGACAGGGAGCAGCUCAACACGGAGCCGACGCGUGACGGAAUCAUUCGAAACGUGAGAAGUGUUGGGUUGGAAGCAGGGUCUAACGUUGACAGCAAAACCAAAAUUUGA